UGUGUGUGUGUGUGUGUGUGUGUGUGUGGGCGGGGCCAGUGUGACGCAUAUUUUAUUAAUCUGCGCAGUUGCUUCAGUUGUAGUUUUUUUUUUUUUUUGGGAGGGCUUGAAAGAAAAAGUGAAUCAAGAGAAAAGACUGAAGUCAUCCUCCAGACCAGAUACACUCACCUGAUCUCUCUCUGUGUCUGUCUCUCUUUAUCUCACCCUCCUCACCCUUUCUCUCUCUCCCUCUCUCUCUUUAUCUCACCCUCCCUCUCUCUCUGUCUCUCUCUCAGACUCAGAUUAUCUCCAUCAUCCUGCCGCUGAGAUGUCGACUCCAGACGCAGCAGGUAAUCCAGGAGCAGCGGAGGGCGAGGGGGGCCCCGGGGCCGCAGCCCCAAACCUCACCAGCAACAGACGACUGCAGCAGACGCAGGCACAGGUGGACGAGGUGGUGGACAUCAUGCGCGUGAACGUGGACAAAGUCCUGGAGAGAGAUCAGAAGCUGUCGGAGCUGGACGACCGGGCCGACGCCCUGCAGGCCGGAGCCUCGCAGUUCGAGAGCAGCGCCGCCAAACUUAAGAACAAGUACUGGUGGAAAAACUGCAAGAUGAUGAUCAUGAUGGCAGUUAUAGGUAUUAUAUGUGUUGGAGUCAUUUUCUUGUAUUUCUUCUACUGAGCUGGUCUUCAGGGAUGGACACACAAGUCGCAGGACUGGAGUCUGCAACCAACACCAACACCACCAAGCCACCGAGCCAAAUCCAGCCUCUCCUCUGCUCUUCAUCCUCCUCUUCCUCACCGAUGCCUUCCUCAGAAACGUCUUUGCAUGUUCUGUAAUGUGCUCCAGUGCCUCCUUCUUCUUUUCUUCUCUGCUCCUCGUGGGAAAAAAAACAACAACAACAACUUGUCUCCAGGUGGAUGAAAUGUUUCUGUUUUGCUGGGAGCAGCAGGUGGUUUUACUGCAGCGGGACAGUUUGAAUAGAAACAUAGACUGUUUCCUGGUAUCUGCUGUAUUGUUCUGUGAAACAUUUCUUAUAACCAAACAGGUUUAAAAUCCAUUGAUCCAGGUUUGUUCAUCAAAUACAACACACAGGAACCUGAAUGUACCUCAUCCAUCACAUUACAUGACUAAUGCUAAGAGGGAGAAAAAGGUGCUUUAGGACCAAAACACUUCAAAACGAGGUUAAAGGGACACAAAGUACAGAUCUCUGCUGGUUUCAACAGUAGUGAAGAAGUAUCCAGGUCCUUUAUUUAAGUUAAAGUACUGGUACAUUAAUGAAAACGUACUCCACAACAAGUAGGGACGCAGCGAUUGACAGAAAAGUCAUCACGGUUUUGUAAUCGAGUGUUUCUGUCGCUUACAAUCAAAGAAGUCUUGGUGAGAUAAGAGUUGAUCUUUGAGUGUAAACCAACUGUAACUAAGCAGAAAAAGGAGUAUUGUACUCACUUACAAACUCAAGGGUAUGUAAUCCCAUCAAAGUCAAAGCACCUGUCUGACAGAUGUUAUUUCCUUCUUUCAUUUUACUAAAAACCUCCAAAAAAUCUUUAGCAUUGUGAAAUAAAAUCAGAUUUUUCCUCGGAAUUUAAUCGUCACGUCCUCAAGUUCAAAUAAACAAGGACGCCGUUCUCAAUCCUACUCGAAUAAAAGUACAUAACUAUCAAAGCAAACGCAUUUAUUCGGCUGUGAAGUGACAAUAAUAAUGUAACGCUGGUUAAAUGAUGAGGAUCAAAAAGGUCAUUUAUAAAAUAAAUCUGUCCUUUUACAUUCUUCCCUCUCUUCAGACGAAAAGUCCAAGAGUUCGAUCUACAAGUUUAGUAGUUUGUUUCUCAACCAGCUUCAAACCACAAACAUGUUUUUAUUUUUAUCUUUGUUUUUGUGACAUACUUAAAUCCUAAAAAGUUUAGAGUGGAAAAACCUUUAACAUCUUGACAAAGUACCAAAUAUCACCAAACAACUGACAACUGUCAAAUCUUAAUUUAGUCAUUGUAACUGUCGUAAUGUAGUGGACUAGAAGUAUAAAGCACCUCGAAUUUGUACAGUACUUGAGUAGAUGUACUCAGUUACAUUCCACCUCUUGGGGUUUUUAAAGGUUCUGGUUGGUCGUCGAUGAAGUUUUAAAGAGCAGAAAUCUGAGCAGCUCGUGAAUGAACUGUUGAGUCGAAGUUAUUCAUCAGCUACACUUACAAGAAUUGUAAAGAUGUAGAGAUAGAAAUGUAUAAAAACUGAGAGUUUGUUACAGUAGAUUACAGAUUACUUAACACUCCAAAAACAUGAAUCCAUGAAGUCGGAUAACUUGAUGAACUGUUUCAAACCUGGAUCAAUGGAUCCUGUUCUGUUUCCUCUCCGUCCUCUUGUACUUGUGCAGUAUUCUUCAGGAAAGCUGCCCCCUAGCUGUCAGUAUCAGUACUGCUGCUGAUGUAUUUCAACGUCGAGCAGAAACUCGACAGGAAUUUAGAUUUUUUUCUUUCUUUGUUCGUCUUCUCGUGAUGCAGCAACAGUUUUUAUCGUCUUGUGAACCAGCCUGACUUUCGUUUUGUGGUCUGAAUGUGAUUCCUCCUGCAUGAAGGAUCUUUGAGCGACUGUGGGUCAUCGUACCACGACACUGUAGAUAUUAAAAGGGUUUGAUUACUUGAGAUGUUCGUUAUAGAUUAACUAUUCAAGUCAGAAUGAAUGGGUGAAGCGUGAGCAUUGACCCCACAGUGCUUCGUCAAGGAGAGGUGAGGAACUUUAAAGAUUACGUCACCGUUGUUUUGAUCGUGGGCUGGAAUUUCAAAUAAAUUCAUGGCUGCAACAGAAAUGUCGUGUUUGUGCUGAUUUCAAGGAACUUUUACACUACGUAUCUCAUUCAUGGCAUUGACAUCAAGGUAC